CUCACUGAGGCCUGUAAGCUCUCCAGGGGGAAAACUGUCACCAUUUACACGGACUCUCGCUACGCCUUUGGCGUGGUGCACGACUUUGGUGUCCUGUGGAAGCACAGGAAUUUUCUGACGUCUGGUGGUAAACCGAUCCUGAAUGCAUCUCAAGUUUCUGAUCUGUUGGAUGCUAUUUUGUUACCCUCUGCUGUUGCUGUUGUGAAAUGCUCUGCACACACAGGCUCUGCGGAUUCAGUCUCCAGGGGGAACGCUGCUGCUGAUGCAGCUGCCAGGCGGGCGGCGAGUGCACCUCCGGCUCCUCAGCUGACUGUUGCUGACUCCGAGGCCCCCUCAGCUUCUCUUGCUGAGGUUCAAUCGCUGGCUACGCCUGAUGAUCGCCGGCUUUGGUCCUCAAGCGGGUGCAGGUUCGCUGACGGGGUGUGGGUGUCUUCGGAUGGACGUCCCUGUCUCCCUCGCCGCCUCUUCCCUCAUUUUGCUAAGCUUGCUCAUGGUGUUGAUCAUGUCUCCAAGGGGGGAAUGGUACAACAGGUCACAUCUUUGUGGUUUACCAGGGGAUUCUCGGUUGUGGCGGAGCGGCACUGUAAGACAUGUUUGGUGUGUGCAGCUCACAAUGUCGGCCAUGUCCGGCCUGUGGGGAGCGCUGCUCACCCGCCGUCUGAGUUCCCUUUUGACCACCUGAUGAUGGACUUUGUGGAACUGACUCCUGCAGAGGACUCUGUUUCAGAUCAGGCAGACCGUGAAGGAGGCUCUUCCGCGCCCGGCUGAAGGCCCUCUACACCGACUGAACCCAGGGGACUGGAUCCUGGUGAAGGACUUCCGCAGGAAGCACUGGAAAGCCAGACGGUGGCUCGGUCCGUUCCAAGUCCUGCUGGUGACUCACACUGCCGUGAAGGUAGCAGAGCGAGCUACCUGGAUCCACGCGAGUCACUGUAAGCUCCUUACGGUGCCACCGCCGGCUCCGACAGCUGAUCUCCCAGCCACAGGGCAGAAUAAUCCCUGAGAUCAGCUCCCGUGUGAGGUAGUCCACCCUCCACGAGGCAACGAUGGAGAUGUUCCUGGUCCUGAUGAUGCUGCUGCCAGUGCUAGCAGUGAUGGCUCCUCCGCUCCACCGUGGGCACGUGGUGGAGGACCUCGCCGGGCCCCAGGACAACCUGUGGUGGAGAGCUGCCCGCGCGGUAGCUCGGGGACUGCAUAAUUCUAGUUGUAUUGUGUGUGCUUUUAUGCCUCAUGCUACCCCUGCUAACACUCUGCUGAUCCCACAUCCCGUCUCCCUCUCAGACUCUCUAUACACCUUUAUCCGCUACCGCAAAAAUCAAACCCUGCUUACACUGCGAUACCCGAACGCAACUGUUCCCCCGUUGACCCCUUUCCGAGAGCCCAUGCAUUUUUCUAAUAUUACUAAUUUCACGUGUGCACACACAGGUACUAUUUACGAGCUCAGGGGCCUACGUUCUCCAUUUGGCCCACCUCCCUUGUGCGUGCGGCAACCUGCUCGGACCCGUUCCCAUUUGGGUGACACUGUUGGCUGUGCGCUCACUCUCAAUGUGUCCUGUUCUGUGGAUCAUCAGCCAUGUCCUAAUGCUACCUCUCCCCAUGCGUCGACCUGGUGGAGUGGUUCACCGCUCUGGUCUGUGAUCUACUUGAACUACUCUGUUUUUACUAACAUGUAUUCGUUGUUUCUCCAGUGGGAUGCUAAAACUGUUCUGAAAGGGGACAUCGUAUCCUUCCCCAGCAGGGCGGGCUAUGGGUGUCCCACGGACAUGGUGUGGGUUUGUGGCCAUAGAUCCUACAUUUAUCUGCCGAGAGACUGGUCUGGUACCUGCUAUUUGGCCCAUUUGAUUCCUGCUGUGACUGUGCAUUCCUCUGCUGCUGAUAUCCCAGGUGUCCGUCGUCUCCGGAAGCGGGCUGUUGCAGUUCCGGAGGACAAGAGACGCAUAGGGUGGGGGCAGGCGUUCUGGGGGGGGUUUUUCCCUUGGCAUGGCACCGUUCGUAACCAGCAUGAGAUUAACUCGCUUGCAUGGGAGUUGGAGAACCUCACCGGUCUCGUCACUGACGGUUUUGAUCUCCUCACAGAUGAGCAGAAGGCCGAGCGUGUCAUGGGCCUGCAGAACAGGGUGGCCCUGGACCUCCUUCUCGCUGAGAAGGGAGGGGUCUGUGCUCUCAUAGGUGAUCACUGCUGCACCUGGGUUCCUGAUGUCUCUGAUAACAUGACUAAUAUCCAUGCUCAGCUGUCCUCUCUCCUGGCUGAACUACAUGCUCAGGAGAAGGAACAGAACGUCAACCAGGGGAAACAGUAG